AUGCGAGUGAAGUGUGUUCACGCAUAUGCAAAUUGCUACCGAACCUGUAGCAAAGCUGCAUCUGUUCUGGAGAGUUCUAUGGAAGCAGAAUGCCCCACCUGGGCCCCCAUUGUCUGGUCUGGGGAUGUCAUGUUCUGGAAUAAGGAACGCAGCCAAGAAUGGGUUGAAAGCCUCUCUAUGGCCUUAGCAAUUGUUCUGCUUCUUGAGCCUCGCCUUUCUCUGGCUUGUUUGCAGUGCGAUCCCAAUUUCGCCAGCCACUUUUCCUCUUAUGCCCCAAAGUUGAGUCGCAAGUCUUGGGGGCUCGGUGUUGUCCCAGCGGCAGGACGCAGGCUGCGGGGCUGGGCUCAAGAUACUCUUAAGGAAUUGAAUCUCAAGAUUGCACCCGACAUCCCUGUGGAGAAGUUGCACACCAUAGCUACCACGGUGUAUGGAAAACUUGAUAUGUUGUUCAAAAACCACACCUACAAACCAGGGGAUCUUCCCCAAAAACUGGACUCUGUUUUUGAAGAACAAAUCAGAAUGCUCCAGGACGCUAUCGUUGAAAGCAGAAUCAAAUGCGAAAACCACUGCGGUAAGCGUAACCACUAUGAAGCUAUCUCCUGUGAGACGUGCAAUGUAACCAAACCAACUUGCUUUGGCUAUAAUUGCGAGUCCUCAGAAAAAUGGAAAGAGGCCUUGAAUGAACUCUACAACUAUUUGUAA